AUACUGAGUCAUGCAACCCUUAUGCAAUUCUGAUGGCAUAUGUAUUUGUUUUUAUUUUGAAAUUAUGUUUCGGAUUUUAAAUAAAUAAUAUAUCAUGUUAUGUUAAUCAAGGGAAUACAAUACAUUUCAAAAUUGGAAAUAAGAAAUUAGCGAAAUUUCAUAAUUAUAAUUUUAAUAUGGUCACAUAUUUUAUUUCCGACAACUGUUACAGCAUGGGGCCAACUUGUACCAUAAAAUUAUUUAGAUAUAUGUGUAUAUAAGUAUAACAUUUUUUAUAUGAAUAAUAUUCCACAUAUCACAUUUUAGUUGUGUAUAAAUCCAAUCGUUUAAAUGUCAUUAGGGAAUGGUAUUUAUAAAAUGCUCCAAAGAACGCAAUUUAUGGCAACUACAGUAAAAAGGCAAGUUUCAUCAGCCCGCUCAACGUUGAAGGAUUCACAUUACAUCACAAAACAUUUUGAAGAAAUCUCUAUUCCAGUUCCCUGGGGUCAUCUUAAGGGAAAAUGGUUUGGAACUAAAAAUGUUAGACCAAUUUUAGGACUACACGGAUGGCAGGACAACGCAGGAACUUACGACACAUUAGCACCACUAUUAUCUAAUAAUAUUGGGUUUUUAUCAAUGGAUUUACCUGGUCAUGGCCAUUCUUCGUGGUUGCCAUUGGGCAUUACCUACCACUCCAUUGAUUUCGUGUCCUUAUUGUUGCGAAUUAUGGAUUAUUUUAAAUGGGAUAAAAUCUCCAUGAUUUGCCAUUCCAUGAGUUCCAUAAAUGGGUUUGUAUUUAGCGCACUUUUUCCUGAAAAGGUUGAUAUGAUGGUUGGAUUGGAUGGUCUUAAACCAUUAGCUCGAAGUAGUGAAAAAGUAGUAGAUUAUUAUAAAGAUAGUAUGAAGAAUAUAAUUAUGUAUGACGAUCGCAUAAACAAAUUGGAGCCACCUUGUUAUGAAUGGAAUGAACUGGUGGAGCGUUUACAUAAUGGUACAAAUAAAUCUGUAAAUAGAGAAGCUUGUAAAUUUUUAUUAAAACGAGCAAUACGACCAUCUAAACAUGAUUCUCAAAAGUAUUACUUUGCAAGAGAUAGCAGAUUAAAGAAAAAACAUUUUUACACUUUUAGCGAGGACGUACCUUUAGAAAUGGCACGCCGUAUAAAUUGUCCCUAUAUGUUUAUAAAAGCCUCACAAAGUCCUUAUUACGAAUCACGUAAACAUUUUGAUACAACAUUGGAAGUUAUGAAGCAAAACCCUCAUUUUGAGUUUUAUGAAGUGGAAGGAUCACACCACGUUCAUUUAAAUGAUCCAAUGAAAGUUGCUCCAAUAAUAAAUUCAUUCAUACGUAAAUGGCGUUCAUCUUGAACUCGGCUAUUUUUGUUAUCAAUAAGUUAUAAAACAAUUGUAAAAAGUUCUGAUUUUAAUUCUGAUUAAAUACUUAGAAUAUAA